AUGAAAACAUAUGGGAAAAAAGGUUUUCAAAUACGUCCAAUUAAUCGAUUAUCUACUAAUUUGGCAAACUUCAGUGAUGAUGAGGUUGAGACUACCGAUAUAGGUAGUGAAGGGACUACAGAAAUUGAGUCUUUGGAAGCUAAAUUGGCUCUAGUGACGAAUAAACCUGAAUCACCUGUUCUUAAACAUAAGAAUGAAUUCGAAGACAACCUCAAUGCAACAAGUAAAUCCAAAAAUAGUAAAACAUUUGAUUUCUUCAGCUUCCUAGAAGACACGCCAGUACCAAAGAGAAGGAAGACUCAUAGCUUUAGAAAGGAAAGCGCUAAAAGCAAUGAAGAUAGUGGUGACGAUUACGAGUCCAAUAUAAAUUCUGAAAGUUUUCGAAGUACUAUUGAUGGUAUCAAUGAACUGCUGUCAUCAAUUAAAAGUGCAGAAAAAAGUGAACUGGUGCUAACUGAUAAGCUUCAAGACGAGAAAGAUGUUGAACAAUACGAGGCUGCAGGAACAUAUGGUAGUACUAGAACAAUCUUAUGUCGUGAAGAAGAUGACUCUAUACAAGGAUCCGCCUCUGAAAAUGAGGAAUAUCGAGGAAAAGGGGAAGUUGAACUUCAGAUGAAAGAAGAAGAUGACGGUGCAACCCACCAUUUUAAUCAAUUGAAGGUGAUGGGCGAAUCGUUGAAAUUUCAGGAUGAAUUGGAAUUUUUAAUGAGUGAUGCUGAUAAGGAUAUUCAAUCUUUUAUCUCAAGAUUGCUAACUCUCUCUUUAGAUAUAUUGAACAACGACGAAUUGCGUGCUUACAUCAUAAAGUAUCAACAUAAAGAUGUUUGGAAUUGGUGUUUCAAAGUGUCAGAUCCCCAUAACGCCGUUCUGCUCUAUGUACAGGCAAUCAUUGCUACUAUUAUUCCAUUAGACGACAGACAAAACUUAUGGUAUCGUCUAGAUAUCGAUGAUUUUAUCCUACCUUUAACAUCACAGAAGAUUGUUAUCGAAAACAUCGAAGGAACUAAGUUUAUGCAGCUCAAUUAUCGAGACUUAUUAGCAAAAACCGAACGUCGGACUGGUCUUUACUAUGCUCUCACUUUAUGGCCCAAAUGUCAGGAUCCAGAUUGUGAAUUAUCCGAAAUCCAAUACUCUACACUAGUUAAUCUUCUAAAGGAUCGAACUGAGUGGAUUGAUAUGUUACUUGAGGUUGUUGAAGUCAUAAUUCCGAAUGAAUUCCCUAUGAAACUUUCAAAACGAUGCAUCGAUUUAUUUAAUAUUUUAAGUCAGAUACUGGAGCAAUUGACAGAGAACGAAACAUUAAUCAAGUCGCUAAUAAAACUAACCAACAAUCGAACCAUAAUUGCUUCCUUACCGACUGAACAACGCAUUGGUCUUUUAAAACUCUCUCUUUCAUAUAUUGCAAAUAGCGCUUCGGUAUUUGAAAGCCAGUCAAGCUCCAGUGACUCUGGCUUAGCAAUUUUACAUUUAGGAUUGGCACUGAAUCUUAUAGUUGACUUAAAGGAUGCGACUCUCCGAAUUGAGUAUGAUGUACUUCAAGAACUGAAGAGGAAAUACCAUAAAAUCCUUUCACGAAUUGCAAAUUUUAAUUUUGGUGAGAACAUGUACUUACUGGUCUUCGCCUACGUUUGCAAGAUUGCAAAUAUAACGUUGGAUUCAGUUGCCAAUGUCGACGUGUACCAAAAACUUCACGAUUUCUCAAAUGAAGUGAAAAUGUACAAUAAAAGCAUAUAUUUUGGCAUCCGAGCUCUGCUAGACACUAUUUAA